AUGGCAGCAUCUAUGAAUUUCCCAAAGACGCACGUCGCCGCUGUGCUUUCGUCGUUGACCAGUCCACUUGACUUCAAAUUCGUCAACGUUACCACGCCUACAACUAUGCCAGCAGGAAGCGCUCUCGUUCGUGUUCUUACUUCUCAAGUCGCAUCCUAUAGCAAAGAUGUCUUCACCGGCAAGAUACCCUAUCCCAUGUGCCUCCCUCUUACACCAGGCGGUGGCGCAAUCGGUCGCGUUGAGCUUGUAGGCUCGGAUGCAGUCUCUCUCAAGCCUGGCCAACUCGUGUUGGUCGAUAUCUGCGUCCGCGCUCGCGACGAACCCACUGUCAGUAUGCUCCAAGGCCUCUUCGCCGUUGGACCCGGUGUAACUCUGAUGGAAACUGAAUGGCGCGACGGGACGUACGCCGAGUACGUCAAAGCACCCUUGGAGAAUUUGUUCCCGCUCGAUGAGCAUGUCCUCGUUGGGAAGUUGGGAUAUAAUAUCAAUGAAUUAGCAUAUAUUUCCAAGCUGCUAGUUCCUGCAGGGUCUAUGCAUGAAGCUGGAGUUCAGCCAGGCGAGACGGUCAUCGUUGCACCCGCAACUGGUGCAUUCGGAGGUGCAGCGGUCUCUGUCGCUCUUGCGAUGGGCGCUCGCGUCGUCGCAGCUGGACGGAACAGGGAUCAACUCAAGAAUCUCUCCGAGACUAUUGGAAACCUCUAUGGUGGACGUCUCAUGACAGUUCCCUCGCAGGCUCUCAAGUCUGCCACGCCGGGCGGCAAAGGCGCAGACGUCUAUAUCGACUUCUCCCCUCCUCAGGCUUCUACAAGUACGCACAUCGCCAGUAGCCUCUUCGCUUUGAAGCCAUAUGGAAGAGCCGUGUUCUCUGGAGGUAUCACAGGCCAAGUGAGCAUCCCUUAUCAGUUCAUGAUGCUCGGCAACAGGAAGGUCAUAGGUAGCUUCAUGGCAUCUCGCCCAGCGGUGCACAAGCUAGUCGGACUUGUCGAGGCUGGCUCCUUAGUCAUCGGAGAGAAGGGCGGGGUCAAAACUGUUACCUUUGCGCUCGAAGGACUCGAGGAAGCUUUCACCGUUGCUGCAGAGCGCACCGGCCUUGGGCAGCAAGUAGUUGUUAUGCCUUGA